CACGCCCACGUCCCCACCGCCCACCGCAGCUCCGGCCCUCCCCAAAUCUCAGCGAGAAAUAGCGAGAGAAACAGAGAGGCGAGCCUAAAACCCUAACCCCCCGAAUCGGAUCCCGCCGCCGGAGAGCGGAACCCGCCGCCGCCGCCAUGGAGCUGGGAGCGUUGAGCGACAGGGAGCGGAUGUUGUUCUUCGAGGCCGCCUGCAGGAACGCCGAGGCCGCGUACGCCCAGAACCCCCUCGACGCCGACAACCUGACGCGAUGGGGAGGCGCGCUGCUGGAACUGUCGCAGGUGAAAGCCGGGCCCGAGAGCCUCAAGUGCCUUGAAGAUGCGGAAUCCAAGCUGGAGGAGGCACUGAAAGUUGAUCCCAUCAAGGCUGAUGCACUCUGGUGCUUGGGAAAUGCUCAGACCUCUCAUGGAUUCUUCAGUGCAGAUAACGAGAAGGCAAAUGAGUACUUUGUAAAGGCAACCGAGUGUUUCCAGAAGGCUGUUGAUGUGGAACCUGCAAAUGAGCUAUACAGAAAGUCUUUGGACUUGUCAUCUAAGGCACCUGAACUGCAUUUGGAGAUUCAGAGGCAAAUGGCAUCUCAGGCGGCAUCACAAGCAUCCUCAGCCUCAAAUCCAAGGCAAUCAAGGAAGAAGAAGAAGGAUACUGACUUCUGGUACGAUGUGUGUGGAUGGGUGAUCCUUGGUGUCGGCAUUUUUGCUUGGGUUGGGAUGGCCAGAUCAAACAUCCCCCCUCCACCACCGCCCCCAGCCAGGUGAAGGUGAACUGGAUGCCUCGGACAUGAAUCUUGCUAGGAGUUAGUUUGUGUAUGGAGAGCCGAGGGGAUGGUGUUUCCAUGUUACGGUUUGGUCAAAUUUUCAUGCCAGUUUUCCUUUCUACCCUUGAUGAGGUUUCCUCUUUAUCAUCGACAUACGGUGCUGGAUAAUUUUGUACUUGCAGAGGCAAAAACCAUUACAUGCUGCGAUAUUUGCUUUGUUCACUUUGAUUGA